AUGAGUCUUCUCGUCCAAUCAGAAUUGUUGAACAUUGGGAAGAACUACGGAGAGCCGCAAGAUUCAAGCACUUCAAGUUGGUUAGCUGUUAUUACUGCACUUUACAUGUGCAUUGUUGUUAUUGGUACUAUCGUUCAUCCGGGUAGCCGACCCCCGGCCAACCCAGCCGUCCAUCCUUCCGAGUUCGGUAAAUGGGGAGACGACGAUAACAACCUUUAUGGCGAAGAUGGCUACUUCAAAUCAGUGGAUGAAAAUAUGAAGAACAUAAUUAAAAGUCCUAACUCGGGGGAACUGGGUCUCUGA